AAAUCAAAUCAACCAUGAGACAAUUCAACUUGCUACUUGUAUUCUGUCUUAUCGCAUUGACCGCCUUGCCGGUUUUCUCUUUUCCAAAUGGGCUAACUAUGGACUCCAUUGAUAUGGAGCCAAUGGGAGCAUUUGAUGAAAAUGGAGCCGCUGAUGAAUCACCCCGAGUGAAGCGUUACGGUGGAUGGGGAGGUCGUGGUGGAUGGGGUCGCGGAGGCGGCCGUGGAUAUGGUGGACGUGGCGGUGGAUGGGGAGGACGUGGAGGUGGCUGGGGACGUGGCGGAGGUGGACGUGGAUUCUAUGGAGGAGGACGACGUGGAUGGGGAAAGUAAACCCUUCAAUAUCUGAUAUUUUUAUUUAUUCUUUCACAAAUUUUAAUAAACCACU